GUCAGCCUGCUGCUUCUCCAGGCCCCAAGGAUGGAGGAUGGGGGGGCGGGGCACGGGCGCGUCCGGCCCCCUCCUCCCCGCCCCUUCGUGCCUUCCAGGGCUCUGGCUCUGCUCAGGAGGUAUUUUCCAAGGCCUGCCACCUUGGUUUUUAGGAGGCUGUAUUGGGCUGCAGUCUCUCACCCCCGCUGGGCUUAUGAGGGGGCAUUUGGUUAGGGAGUGAAACUGGUUACUGCACAGGCCUCUGGGGAACGACCCAAGGCCUCUCUUAUCUCGCCGGUAGCUAAACUUAGGGCCUGCGUGUGGCUGCGAGAGGAUCAUGUCUCUGGAUCUCAGUUUCCCUAUCUGUAAAGCAAGGACGCAGGACUAGAGGACCUCUCAGCGAUAGUAAACGCUAAGGCUAAGGCCACCCGACCUCAGGCCCAGGAGGAGGGCGGGCCCUAAAUGCGCAAGCGCCUGGGUCAGCCUGUGGCCCCGCCCUGCCAGUGUUGCCAUAGGAACCACUGCCUGUUGGGGUGGGGGAAGGGUGGAGGCGAGGGCUCCACUGGGAGCUAGGGUGGGUGGGUUUCAGGGCCCCUAGGGCGAAGCCAUGGAGCUGCCCGAUCCCGUCCGGCAGCGACUGGUAAACUUCAGCAGGACAGUGUUUACCGACACAAGCCGAACCGGCCCGGAAUUCAUCGGCCACCCCGAUAAUGAAAUAGUCUCCAGUUUGGCAUUACAGAUGUCUCUUUAUUUCAACAUUUACUUCUUUCCAUUUUGGUGGGUGUGUAAUAUCAUCAUGCUCCAGCUGAAGUAUCCCAUCUUGCCUGAUUAUUAUAAAUUCAUUCUAGUCACCGUCAUUAUACUAAUAACCUUAAUUGAGGCCAUCCGGUUGUAUUUAGGAUAUAUGGGCAACCUACAGGAGAAGGUUCCUGAGUUGGCAGGCUUUUGGCUCUUGAGUCUUCUGCUGCAGUUGCCCCUCAUUCUCUUCUUGCUCUUUAAUGAAGGUCUGACAAUUCAGCCUCUGGAACGAGCAGUCAACAUCAUCUUCACCAUCUUCCUUGCUUUCCAAGUUGUUGUAGCAUUUCUUGCCUUGAAGAAAAUGGCAAACCAAUUAGCCGCCCAUUUCCACCUCCAAGACUUUGACUAUUUUGAUAGGGAAAAGAGGAUGCAGAGUUUUCCAGUGCCACAGUCAGAGGAGAUUUAUUCUACAGUUGUUGAGUAGGAGUCUGUGCUAGAAACAGGACAGAUUGUACCAGAAGAUACCAAGAGCUGGGGAAAAGAUCCUGCUGGAGAAAAAGGACAGAGCAAAUGCUGUACUGUAUUUUUCUUACUAAGAGAAAUUCUAUGGCAUGACAGAAGAGGCAUCUCUAGUCAGGCUUUAUGUCCACAAUGCCAAAAACACAGGUGAAAAAUGAAAACUAAUUCUAAAAUAUAAGUUAUCAUUACAACUUGAAAAUAGAUUUUUUUUUAGUUAACAUUUUUAGUCUUUCUCUUCCUGUAUGUUUGAUACAUCAUGGCUACAGCCUUAAAAUAAAAUCUGUAUCAUAUCCUUUAGUAGUGGAAGGAAAUAUCUCUUAAUAAUCCAUAUUUCUAUCAUAUUUAUCAUUUUAAGAGCUAUUAGUAGUUUUGUGCUUUUCUUUGGGGUUUGUCAUUUUCUAUAGAUACCUCUGUUAGCAUUUAUUUCAUCUCUCUUUGAGCAUCCUUUUUUUCUUGAAACAUACAGAGAAGUGCAUGUGUUUGUCAGUAUUCUCUACUUUUAGAAUAUUGUAAGGAAGACUAAAAUAGGAUUUUUAUGCCCAAAGUGGUGUUGAGUACUGGCUUUAACUCCCAUUUUGCAUGUAAGAAGUGCUUGGGGGAAAGAAGGCAGCACUAAUACUGUAGAAUGCCAUUUGUGAUAAUAUUGUUAUUUUCUACUAUAUCUAUUUUUUUAUUUUGUCUAGUGUUGUGAAAAUCUUUUCAAAAUAAUAUAUUUUUAAAUAUUCUUAUAUUAAAACAUCAGCAAAUAUUUGUUCUCCUGUGUAAUUCUUUAGGCCUUGAGAUGUUGGUGACUUCUCUCAUUUUUUUUCUUUUUAUAGGCUAAGAACUCUGUUGUUAAUGCAUCCAGGAUUGGUUAAGCCAAGGAUUAUUAAUCUGGGAUCUGUGAACCUUCAAAAACAUGUUGAUAAAUGUAUUUGAAUUGGUUUCUUUUGUAAUCCUAUUUUAUUUUAUGCAUUUAAAAAUGUAAUUCUGAGAAGUGUCCAUAGGCUUCCCUGGACUAAUGAAGUAGUCCAUGACAAAAAAGGUUAAAAAUCCCUAGAUUAGUCCUAAAUGAACUAAUUUAUGCUACAUGAAUAAGCAGGAAAUUUGAUUUGUGAACUAGGAUAUCUAUCAAUUUUUAGUUAAGUGAACCAUGCUUAUAUGACUAAAUCUGCAUAUUCACUUCUCACUAGAGGAAGCCUAAAUCCAAUUAAUAUCAUAAAGUUGCUUGGCAACUAUAAAACUAAAGAAAGGGAAAUCGAAUGAUUUUAAAGGGGUAUUAUAUUUUCAUCAAUGCUUUUAUAAAAAUAUGAAGUUACCUUUCUCUAUUAAAGGAAGCAUAGCCUAUUCUCUCUUUCAAAGACACGGUUAUGGGGGCAGCUAGGUGGCGCAGUGGAUAGAGCAUCAGCCCUGAAGUCAGGAGGACCUGAGGACCUGAGUUCA